AUGUCCCCGGCCGAGCAAUUCACGGCUUCACUUGGGCCCUUUAUCUUGGAGGCUGAUGGCCAGAACUGGAUGCGCAUCCUCCACGUAAGCGAUAUCUUCCCCGUUAUCAUUAGCCGCGUUGGUAGAACGGCCGAAGGUCCUGGCCUGGAACAGUGCAGAAACCCCAUCCAUCCGAGCACAGACAACAUAUCUGAUGCGGCUGUUUAUCUUUUGACGUUUGCAGGCUAUAACUUGGAGCAAACGGAAGAUGAAUGCGUGAGAUUGUAUGGAGACGGAGAUGAAGAGAAGGAAAACAGCAUCCGUAAUGGCUGGUCCAUACAAAUGAAUUGCUCUGCGCAUGUCCCAUGUUAUCGGCGGGCUGCGGGGAGUUGA